AAGGCCGAACCGGGCGCGGCAGCCGCAAGGCCUGCCGCGACCGAACCACCAGCACACGCACCACCGCGCCCGAGCCCCACCCACCACCGAACCGCAGCGAGCCGGCGGGGAGGAGGGAGCGGGAGCGCCCCGGUGGGUCGGUCGUCGCGGACGGAGAUGAGGGGCGGGUCCAGACCGACCCCGGCCGCCGUGUUCCUCCUCGCUGUCGCCGGGAUCUGCGCCCAGUUCGCCGCAGUGCUAGCUGGUGAUUCCAAGGAUGACAAGAAAGCUGAAGCUCAGCCGAAGGGCCAUACUGGAAAAACAGUUUUGUUCGCCCUCCUAGGUGUGGGGGCUGUCAUUUUGUUGUCAUUUUUCAUUUUCAAGUAUUGGCAGAAGAAGAAAAGGGAGGAACAACAUGCACGUCUGCUAAAGCUAUUUGAAGAGGACGACGAUAUUGAAGUUGAGCUUGGUCUUAGAGAUUGAUAAUCUUCAAUGUACAGCAAGAGUAUCUUGGCUGACAAGGUUUUGCUGGCUGGCCCUCAAGCAUUUCCAUGUUAAUGUAAAGAAUUUGUUGUAUUUAAACUAGACAGACCUCCGCAAGAAAGGUCUACUGUACUCUAGCUUUAUAUGGUGAACAUCUCUGUGCAGAUGCAUCAGAAUAGCUUUGAUGAGGAAGUAUCAAGGUUUGGAGAACAUUCAUUGUUUUUUAAAGUUUUCUCAAUAUACAUACGCCUCCACUAAGCAAUUCUUCGACUACGGUAAUCCUUUUUCGUGGUUCCCCUCUGUGUACUGAUAGAUGCAGUUUGUAGGUUUAAAGAGGCUUCAAAUCAAAUUAGUGUGUGUUUGUUGACU